GAGGAACCAGCGAAACUCGUGUUGGUUGGCAAGGACUACCACUCUAUGGAAGUUGGUUGCACUAAUUUCUUAAUCGACGAGCCUGUAUUAUAUUUCGCUGUGGCUGAUAUGGAUAAGAAUAUACAUUUGUUUCAGUAUGCACCUUAUAAUGUACAAUCAUUUGCUGGUCAGAAACUUAUCCGCCGAGGAGAUUUUCAUGUUGGGUCGCAAGUAAAAACGAUGUUAUCUUUACCAAAAAAAGAGUUAGUAAGAAGAGAUCACUCUAUUGAUCCGGGAAUACCCGUAAUGGAAGAAGAGACUAUCGGACAUAAACAGCUUUGCUUAUGCGGGACUCUUGACGGAAGUAUUGGCAUGAUAACCCCUAUACCUGAAAAAAUGUAUAAACGAAUGCAAUUAUUGCACUCACAAAUGGUAAAUGGAAUACAACAUCCUGCAGGCCUCAAUCCUAAGUCAUUUAGGCUUAUGCAAUCAAAGCAACGACUAGCCAUUAAUCCAGCUAAAGGGAUUUUGGAUGGAGAUCUCUUAAUACAAUUUCCAAAUUUGGCAUUACAUCGACAACGAGAAAUGACUAAACAAAUCGGAACAACAGUAGAAAGGAUCUUAGAUGAUUUAUUGGUGUUGCAAGAAUCGU